AUGUCCGACCAAGUAUACUCGGCCACCUACUCGGGUGUGCCCGUUUUCGAGUUCAUCACCCCCAAAACGUCAGUGAUGCGCCGUCAGCAGGAUGGUUGGAUCAACGCAACGCACAUACUAAAAGUUGCAGACUUUCCGAAAGCGAAACGAACCAGAAUCCUCGAACGUGACGUCCAAACAGGUACCCACGAAAAGAUCCAGGGUGGUUAUGGUAAGUACCAGGGUACGUGGGUACCUUUAGAGCGAGCUCGCGAGAUUGCUGUUCAGUUUGGUGUUGAUGGUGAGCUCAGUGCCAUCUUUGACUUUGCGCCUAAUGCUGGUGAUCCACCACCUCCACCGGCUCCAAAACAUCACCACGCAAGUUCGGCUACAAAGCCAAAAAAGCCUGAACGUUUGGAAAAGCCCGAGAAGCCCGCUUUGCGUCGAAUGGUGAGACCUGGAGCAGAAUCACCCACCAAUGCUCUUUCGGCGUCGAUUCCACGCAAGCGCGGCCGUCCUCCCAAAUCACGCGAAAACUCCACAGUUGACGAACCGGCUGCAAGAAAUGCUGUAGCUACAAAUAGGCACGAGCAAUACCGCUCGAUCCAACAGCACAGUAGGCCCCGACCUUUAUACAAUGAUUACGAUGCUGACGAACCGAACAGCCAUUUGGAGCUUUCGUCUUCUCCCAGCGAGUUCAUGAGCGAUACAGAUCUUGACAACGCGUUGCGUUCGCACCAAGAUGGAUCCGGUCAGGUUGCAUUGCGACAAUCGACGCAUCCCACGGAAGCUGGUUGGUAUGACCCUGGAAAGGAGUAUACUUCGAGACUAUUGGAGUACUUUCUGGCUCCCCCCGAACGGCCCCAAGAAGUCCCCGAGUUUCUGCUACAUCCCACUCGUGGAUUUGAUGUUAAUCAGCCCAUAGACAAAGAAGGCAACACAACAUUCCACUGGGCGUGCUCUAUGGGUGAUCUGCGGAUCUCAGAUGCUUUGUUAAACUACGGCGCAAACUACCGCUGUCUCAACCAUGCAGGGCAGGUCCCUGCGAUGAGAGCAGUGUUGUUCACCAAUGCAUUUGCAAGGCGUACUUUCCCAAAGCUUUUGGACUUGCUGAGAGAUACUUUAUUAGACCGUGAUAGUCGCGGUCGAACUAUGCUCCACCACAUUGCAGCCUCUUCAGAUUCGCGUGCAAGAUUGCCGGCUGCUCGUUACUACCUCGACGCAUUGCUGGCGAAAGUUUCUGAAAUUCAGCCUCUUGAAAGGCUUUCCAACUUCGUCAACCAGCAGGAUGCCGAGGGGAAUACCGCGUUGCAUGUUUUUGUGCUCAGCGGUGCAAAAAAGUGCGUGAAGGUGAUGUUGGGUUAUGGCGCUCGAGUGGAUAUCUCUAACGAGCAUGGAGAGACAGUCUACGACUUUCUAUCCACUGCUUCGCUUCGACCAGACCUAGAAAGUGUGGAGACUCUCCAGUCGUUUCCGAGUCUCAAUUUCAACGUUCCACGCUAUUCAGAGACGGCAAUGCAGAUAAACCAUCGCGUAUCAUCGCAAUUGUCCGAAAAACUGCUGGAACUAUCGAGUGCUUUUGACGCAGAACUCCAGCAAACAGACGACGACUUGAGCGAAAGCAGAGCUCAAUUGGCGGGUUUGGAGGAGGAUGUUCGCACCACCAACGUGGAAAUUGGAGUCAUAGUGGCUCGUCACGAUAAAGGUAUGAGUGUUGCAGCUCAACUGGUUGAAUUGGGUGAACAAUAUGCCCAGAAGUCGGCCCGUUUGAGGUCACUAUUAGAGCGUGCUCAGGCCAAAGACCUGGCUGAAGUCGUCCAGAGAUGUGAAGGAGAAUCGGGCGCUGGUCCUCAAUCAGUUGCAGCCACUGUCGAUGCCACAACGAUAGCAUCCGUUGUAGAGCUUUCAAGGCUUCAGUUGUCACGGAAACGCAAGGUUGAGGAGAUUGUGACACUCUUUGCGGAAGCCUCGGGCGAGAGCGAAAAGAUGAACCAGUACAGACGGCUGGUGUCGCUGUGUUGCAGCGUUGAGCUCGAAGAGGUUGAUGGGUUACUUGACGGGAUAGCAGAGGCGCUGCAGAGUGUUGAACGCGAGUGA